CAGAACUCGUGCACUUAUUACUGGCCCGGACUUUCAGUUGCCCACACCCUUUAUGUGAAGUGUUGGUAUACAGGUCAGCAAGUUUUGUUUCCAGGUUGUAGGUUUGACCCGCCAAUACAUGUCACUGGGGAGGGACGCAGGGUUCUACUCCGACCUUUGCGGCUCUAACGAGACAGAGAGCAUCAAUGGGUCAGCCCUGACGGACGACAGACGCCGGUACGAAGACGGUCCAGUAGGGUGUCCGGCACAAGAGGAGAUUUUAAACUUGGUGUUCACGGUGGCCAUAACUUCCCAGAUCCUGACCCCCGCACUUGGCUACAUUUACGAUCACUGCCACUUUGUAUCUUCCCGUGCCGUUGGCAUAGUCUUCAGUGUAAGCGGAUGUCUCCUUAUGGCCUUCUCAGCGCCAGGAAUGGAAUGGCUACUAUUUCCUGGGGCUUCUCUCCAUUUGGUUGGCGGUUUUAUGUUUAGAACCACUGGUAUGCAGCUGAGGUGGCUAUUCCCCACAAGAAAAUCUACCAUAGGAACGCUUAUCUCUGGCACAACUGACAUGAGUUCUUUCAGUUUUGUUUUAGUCAAGUUGGCUUAUGAUGCUGGGGUACCUUACCGCCUGUCUCUAAUUGCCAUGGGAUGUGGAACGUUUGUGAUCGCAACCGCCACAACGAUUGUUCUGUCACCCCGUGAGCAAGUGUCUGAGAGUGACGAUUGUAGAUGUGGGCGCUCCUUGCGUACCAAGAAUUCACCCCAUGACGCGAGCUCUAUGAAGUGCGCACGGAACAAAGAACCCAAAUUCGACUGCGAUAAUUAUGCUCUGGAAGUCGAUUCAGACAUCAACGUAAAACCGAACCCGGCUAUGGGAAACGACACACCUGAUGGUGACUCAAAAAAUUCAUCAAAUUUUGCAAUACCAGGAAAAAAUGAAGGAAUAACAGAAGGCAGUCUGGAAAAGCCAGGCAUGGAUAUUGACGGGUUUUCGGUCCACAAUCACUUAUCCACGCAAAAUCUUUUCUCAGUAGCAGAACAGGUGGAUGCUUCUGUUCUCAAGGAAAACAAAAGCAAAGUUAUUGCAACCAGAGUUGAGGAAUAUGUUCCAUUCAGUUCUGUGUUGAAGAACCCUAUGUUCUGGCUGACAGAGCUUUGGUAUUCCUGCAACGUCCUUCUCAUCGCCUCCUAUUUUGGCAGUUUUAACGCAAUAGUGGAUUACAGGGCGUAUGGGGAUCGUAAUUUAACCAGUCAUUAUACAAAUGUAUUUGGCUACAUGCAACUUGGAUUCAGCAUUCCACUAGCGUUAACAGUCGGCCAUUUCUUGGACAGACAGCACAGAGGCGAGGGCUUGAUUCAUGCUGAACCCAAAACCUUCAUCACGCCAUCCCUGAUCACGUGUGUGUCAGGACUGCUGUUGUGGGUGACAUGCGCAGUGCCGGUGUUGGAGGGGCAAUAUGUGGCAAUGGUUCUGCACUGUAUGUUAAGAUCCUUCACAUUUGCCGUGCUCAUCACAUUCAUCGCAUAUGCGUUUCCACAUGAACAUUUUGGCAAAGGCUACGCCGUGCAGUGUGGUAUUCAGUCAGUGACAGGUUUCCUGCAGUUUCCACUAUUCUCUUGGUUCAAGAGCCGCCUUGGAGGGGAUCCACUUUAUUUCAGUGUGACUCUGUGUGGUAUAUCCUGUUUGUCGCUCAGUCUUCCAAUAUUCCUACUAAGACGGCCAAAGGUCCAUCAGAGAGGACAUGGCAGAGAGGAUGCGAAGACCACCAUGUCUUGAUUGCGUUAGCUGUGCCUUCAGCACAUUCAUGAGCUGUUGCACUUGUUGUGUGAACUGACAAAAGCGUGAAUGUUAUAUUAAUAGCGUAACUGUAAUACCACUAUUUGCCGUAUUUUAACCCCCGAAUAGUUGGCACGUGUAUUAUAUAUCCAAAUGGACGUUUGGUCAUAAAAAGUGGGUCAUUUACCAUACCCAAUCCAAGCGAAAAAUGAUACUUGGUAAUCAACUUUUCAAAGCACUGGCACAUCGGUGCAGACGCUGCAGGUGGAAAGGAACCAAGAUACCGAUCAUUUAAAUCGCGGACAUAGUUAGUUAUAAUUCAUUGCCUUUACAAGUAGACUUCCUCAGUUUUAAUGUUAAAACAUUUAAUACGAUUAUUAUUAUUUUUUUUUUAUUCAUGAUAGGCCUAUUAAUCAAUUUGAUGUGAGGUAGCCUAGUUGGGACUUUAUAAAGAAAUCUCAACAAUAUUUGAAUAAUAUCCAGUAACAGAGAAGGAUAGGCUAACAAUGUGAGUGGAACAUCUACCUGAGGUGUGCAAUCAGCUGAGCUAUCCUCGACGAGAGCAACAUGACAGCCGCUGAAAUAUAUGAGUGCAAAAAUUAACUUGUUUUAGCAGCUUAGUCUGUCGUGAAACAGCUGAUGGAAUUCUUGAAAGUCUUAAAUUGAAAUGAAAUAAAUUACUU